CGUAACUUCAGCUUGGCACUUCAUUGAUGAUGCUGCUGCUGUCAGUAUGUUGCUAAUUUCAUGAUAAUCCUUUCGAUCGACAUUUCGAAGGACACGCGAACGUUGGCAGAGUUUUGCCAAAGUUCGCAUUUAUACAUCAGUUAUGUCUCGAAAUAAACAUCAUGAAGAAACGGAUAAACUCACCCGUAUCGCUAUAGUGAACGCGGAUCGUUGUAAGCCGAAGAGAUGUAGGCAGGAAUGCAAGAAGAGUUGCCCUGUGGUGCGUAUGGGCAAGCUCUGCAUCGAAGUAACUCCAAAUGACAAAAUUGCCACUAUUUCUGAGGAGUUGUGCAUUGGAUGUGGUAUCUGUGUCAAGAAAUGUCCUUUUGAUGCUAUUACCAUCAUCAAUAUUCCAUCUAACUUGGAGAAGCACACAACUCACCGUUAUUCCAAGAAUUCCUUCAAGCUCCAUCGACUGCCCAUUCCUCGCCCUGGUGAAGUGCUGGGUCUGGUUGGCCAGAACGGCAUUGGCAAGUCUACUGCACUCAAGAUUCUUGCUGGAAAACAAAAGCCUAACUUGGGUCGCUAUACUGAUCCCCCAGAUUGGCAAGAGAUUUUGUCUCACUUCCGUGGGUCGGAAUUACAAAACUACUUUACCAAGAUCCUGGAGGAUGACCUGAAAGCUCUCAUUAAGCCACAAUAUGUGGACCAAAUCCCAAAGGCUGUGAAAGGAACUGUUGGACAACUCCUAGACAAACGGGAUGAGCGGAAGAACCAACCUGAAAUUUGUAAAAUGCUUGAUCUUUCGCACAUUCGCGACCGUGAGAUCGCCGCUCUUUCUGGUGGGGAGCUGCAACGCUUUGCAUGUGCCAUGGUGUGCAUACAAAAUGGAGAUAUCUUCAUGUUUGAUGAGCCCUCCUCAUAUUUAGAUGUAAAGCAGCGUCUCAAUGCUGCCCGCACAAUCCGAUCGCUCAUUCACCCUGACAAGUUUAUCAUAGUGGUGGAGCACGAUCUGUCAGUGUUAGACUACCUGUCAGACUUCAUAUGCUGUCUGUAUGGAGUGCCCGGUGCUUAUGGUGUUGUGACUAUGCCCUUCUCUGUGAGGGAAGGUAUAAACAUUUUCCUUGAUGGUUUUGUACCAACAGAAAACAUGAGAUUCAGAACUGAAUCACUUGUUUUUAAAGUAGCUGAGUCUGCUACCGAGGAAGAGAUAAAAAGAAUGAACCAUUAUGAAUACCCUGAGAUGACGAAGAAGAUGGGCGAUUUCUUCCUAAGAAUAAUGCCUGGUGAAUUCUCAGAUUCCGAAAUUCUUGUCCUUUUGGGUGAGAAUGGUACAGGAAAAACCACAUUCAUCAGAAUGUUGGCUGGCAACUUGGAACCGGAUGAGGGUUCCGGCCAGCUUCCACAGUUGCACAUUAGUUAUAAGCCACAGAAGAUUUCUCCAAAGUCACAGGGCCUAGUCCGUAGCUUGCUGCAUGACAAAAUUAGAGAUGCAUAUGUGCAUCCACAGUUCAUAACAGAUGUGAUGAAGCCAAUGAAAAUAGAAGAGAUAAUGGACCAGGAGGUUCAGAACUUGUCUGGUGGUGAAUUGCAGAGAGUAGCCCUGGUGCUUUGUUUAGGCAAGCCGGCCGAUGUCUACCUUGUGGACGAGCCCUCGGCCUACCUUGACUCUGAGCAACGUUUGGUUGCUGCUAAAGUUAUUAAACGGUUUAUUCUACAUGCGAAGAGGACGGGCUUCGUAGUGGAGCACGACUUUAUAAUGGCGACGUACCUCGCCGACAGGGUGAUUGUGUUUGAAGGCACGCCGUCCGCGCACGCGACCGCGCACGCCCCGCAGUCGCUACUCAAUGGGAUGAACCGCUUCUUGGAACUGUUGGGUAUUACCUUCAGGCGGGACCCAAACAAUUUCAGACCUAGGAUCAAUAAACAUUCUUCUGUCAAAGACAUAGAACAGAAGAGGGCAGGUCAAUACUUCUUCCUUGAAGACUAAACCGCACAGCAACAAAUAUUUAUAUUAGAGUUGUUAUGGAUAAAAAUAAAUAUUUUUAGUUCAAAUUCAGUAGUCGGAAAUUUCAUGAUAUUUUUAAGAUUCAAUGUGGAUGUUUGAAUAUGGAUAAUGGAUGUAUAAUGGAAAUAUCUUAUAUGGUAUGAGAUGAUUUUUCAUCGCGAUAUACCAAGAAGUCACUCGGAACCUUCUGGCUGAAGAGUAGAAAUGUUACUCUGUGGCAACAGAGGUCGAGAAUACCUCAAACUUAUAUUUCUAAAUGAAAUACUUGUGGCUAAAGCUGAUUUGUCUGUUAAUUGUGUUGUUGGUGUGGCUUGAAACCGUCUUUAUAAAAAAAUAUUUAGAAAAAAUUACACAUUUUAAUACUCUUAUAAAACUAUUAGCAUCUAAAAGUGUUCUACAGAAGUUGGCAUAGACGAAGAUGUCAGAACAAGUCUUGAGAUGCGGAUUUGAAUGUCCAUAACACCUCUGAUGUGUAUAUAUUUACACAAUUGUUGUACUGUCACAAUGAUGUCCUGUUGUCGCUAUAUUUCCAAUUAAAUGUAUUACUAUAUUAAAUCAUGUUUUAACAAUCA